CGAGACUACUCAUGGCUCCUCCUCUGAGAAGCAUAGUAAGAACCUGCCAAUGUUACUCUUUACUACGUAACACUUAUAGAUGUGUUUAUUUGGAGAAAAGAGGUCUGAGUAAUGCUACAUCAAGAAAGUCUGACCGCCGCGUUGUUGUGACAGGUAUUGGAAUAGUGUCCCCUCUUGGUGUUGGCACACAGCUGGCAUGGGAUCGACUCAUACUAGGAGCAAAUGGAAUAGUCGCUCUUCAAGGGGAUGAAUAUAAAACUAUCCCCUGUAGAGUAGCUGCUCGUGUACCUAGAGGUCAUGCAGACGGGGAUUUUAGUGAAGAGAAAUAUGUUUCGAAGUCAGAUAUUAAGGCAAUGUCAUCUGCUACGAUUAUGGCCUUAGCAGCCGCAGAGCAGGCAAUCAUCGACGCAAACUGGAGCCCAAAGUCUGAAGAGGAACAAGAGACCGCUGGGGUGGCGAUAGGCAUGGGAAUGGUGCCUCUCGAUGACAUCACAGAGACUGCCAUGCUGUUUCAAACAAAAGGAUAUAACAAAGUCAGCCCUUUUUUUGUCCCGAGGAUACUAAUCAAUAUGGCUGCUGGGCACAUCAGUAUUAAAUAUAAACUUAAAGGACCAAAUCAUGCCGUAUCCACCGCUUGCACUACAGGGGCUCAUGCUAUUGGAGACUCCUUUCGAUUUAUCACCCAUGGGGAUGCUGAUGUUAUGGUGGCUGGUGGAACAGAGUCCUGCAUUAGCCCGUUGUCACUUGCUGGAUUUGCGAGGGCUCGAGCGCUGAGUACCAGCUUCAAUGCAUCUCCUCACAAAGCUUGUCGACCUUUCCAUCCUGAAAGAGAAGGAUUUGUCAUGGGAGAGGGAGCUGCUGUGCUGGUGCUAGAAGAAUAUCGGCACGCACUGGCAAGGAAUGCUAAAAUCUACGCUGAAGUUUUGGGCUAUGGACUGUCAGGAGAUGCUUGUCACAUAACUGCUCCUAGUUCAGAGGGUGAUGGUGCAUACAGGUGCAUGAAAGCAGCCAUUGCGGAUUCAGGAUUACAUACCGAAGAUAUAUCCUACAUUAAUGCGCAUGCCACCUCUACUCCUCUUGGGGAUGCAGCUGAAAAUAGAGCUAUCAAGAGACUUUUUGGAGACCAUGCAUAUUCAAUGGCAGUGUCUGCAACCAAAGGUGCUACCGGUCAUUUGUUGGGUGCGGCAGGUGCUAUUGAAGCAGCUUUUACGGUUCUGUCUUGUUAUCAUGGAAUUUUACCACCCACUCUGAACCUUGAUAGGACAGAACCAGAGUUUGACCUCAAUUAUAUCCCUCUUAAAGCCCAGCAGUGGAAGUGUGGGAAGAGACGUGUAGCACUGAGCAAUUCAUUUGGUUUUGGUGGAACCAAUGCUGCACUUUGUUUUGGCAGUUUGUGAAAAUUUGACAUUU